CUUAAGGAAAGCGUUGCUUAACAAACGCCCCUAAACCGUAGCGCUCUUGAACACCUCUUUCUCUAGCCCUUUAAAUGUAUGGCGGACAUGGAGAUUCUGAGGAUGAAGAUCGCCGUGCUGGGAGCCACUGGGCAGACUGGACAGUAUCUGGUCAACCAGGCGCUGCAGCAGGGUCACACUGUCACCGCCAUCGUUAGGAACCCAGGAAAACUUACCGUGCAUCAUGACAACCUGAAGGUAGUGGAGGCUGACAUUUUUUCAGCAGACAGCCUGAAGCCUCACUUCAAGGGUCAGGAUGUGAUCAUGUCUUGCCUUGGCUUCCCAGCCUCCUUCCUUUCGGUGGUGACGGGUUACACCCAGUCCAUGAACGGUGUGAUCAGUGCCAUGCGAGAGGCCCGAGUCAACAGGCUCAUCACCAUGACCUCCUGGUACACUGACCCUAACUCUGGAGCAAAGUCGUCUUAUCUCAUCCGCUUCCUCCUGCUGCCGAUGAUCCGAAGCGUUCUCUCCAACAUGCACGAGAUGGAGCAGUUUCUGCAGAAGACUGACGACAUCAACUGGACUGUGGUACGCCCACCUGGUCUCAAGAACCAGCCCGCUUCAGCUCAAGAGUUCCUGACGCACGAGGGAUACUUUGUGCCGGACAACAGUGGUAACCCUGCAGGCAGCACUGUUGGACGAGGAGACGUGGCUCGCUUCAUGCUUUCUCUGCUCAACAGCAACGCCUGGGUGAAGAAGGGAGUCGCCAUCACCACAAAAUAAGAAAGAGGAAGAGGUAAAGGGCCAGUUCACGUUACAAAAUCACUACAUGCACUCACCAAUGUGGUGGCAUCUAGCCAUGAAGAUAUUUUUCCUGGUUUUUACAUAUGUGUUAUCAGUGUUUUAUUUAAUUGAAAAUUUAAAUAUAAUAUCUCAGAAGUUUAAAUGUACUGCUGUUGUCAUUCUUACUGUUUGAGGUGCUUUUUACGGCAAAUGAGUGUUGAGUAAUCCAAAUUAAAACUAAAGAGCUAUCACACAAAGUUAGCAGUUAGCAGCUAAAGAGCUAGUUAUUUUCCUCUGUGUUUUUUAAAUUGAUCGACAUUCACUGUUUUUCAGGAACACCACUGCUUUUAUUGUUGCUUUGAUUCUCCUCAUUGUGUUUGUAAGUUUUUUUGUGCUUGUUGAGCAAUUAUAUGUCAAUUUUUACAGCACAAGUGAUCAAAAAUCCUGUGAAAGAAAAGAAAAAGCUCUUUUAUGUCAGUGGUUACCCUACAGAUUGCACUACUUCAAAUGAAAAAAAAUCCCUGUGACAGAUGUUGAUCAAGUGCUCAGUAAUUUAUGAAAACUGAGGAAGAUAUUAGCUCUGAAAAAAUAUUGAACAUCAAACAAUGCCAAAAAAUAUCUUCAUGGUAAAAUGUAACCUGAGCUAAGGACAAAAAGCACUUUCUCAUUUGGGUGAACUGGCCCUUUAAUUGUCUACUUCAGGAUAUAUUUGAAUAACUUCCCUAUGUAAUCUAGUCUGUCUGAUGAAUGUCUUUUUAUCUGCUCUUAUUUCACAUGUUUUUCAUCAACAAUGUGCCAUCUAACUAUGUUUUUGUAACCUAGUUCUUGCAGUGUGCUUUAACAUGAUUGUAAUACAUAAUUUCAGCCACACAGUGGCAGUGCUGUGCCAUGUCUAAUCGCAGAAACAGAAAGUCAACUACAAACCCUCUUUAAUCUGUCAAAGAGUGAAUAAUGAAGGAUUGAUGGAUGAUAGAAUAAAAAUAUAAAUUGCACCAUGUA